UCGGAUGCGCCGAGCGGGUACCACGUGGGAUAUACCCGCUCGGCACUGAAAAAUCUCUCGGGCAAAAGAUCCAAAAAAACCAACCCAAUCUUUUUGUGCAAUGAAUUUCACAGCAUGUUUGCAGCACCAACCCAUCAAAGCCAUACAAAAAGUAUUUUGGACGGUUCGAAUUUUAAUUUUACUCUUCUCCGAAAAAGUUUUAUUAACAUUCUGAUCGUCCAAAAUACUUUCGAAAUGUCACGAUUGAGUGCACCUCCCCAAAUAAGAUUUUCUCUUUCGAGAACCCCAGGCUCAUAAUGCCUAUAUAUUCAGUCAUUCCAUUCCAGUUCCAACCAGCACACCUAAGGCAAAACCACUCACAAAAUGGCCGUAGACACUGUGUUGUUUAGAGAGAUUGCAGCAGCAACUGUAAUCUUUUUCCUCACUAGGCUGUUCCUCCGUUCCCUCCUCCUCAAACCCGCCCGUAAACUCCCGCCCGGUCCGAAAGGGUGGCCGGUCAUCGGCGCCCUCCCCCUUCUUGGAACCAUGCCCCAUGUUGCCCUAGCCCAAAUGGCCAAGAAAUAUGGACCCAUCAUCUACCUAAAAAUGGGCACCCUUGACAUGGUGGUGGCCGCGACGCCUGAGUCGGCCCGAGCCUUCCUGAAAACCCUGGACUUGAACUUCUCAAACCGGCCACCUAACGCCGGCGCGACCCACUUGGCAUACAACAGCCAAGACAUGGUUUUUGCCGACUACGGCCCGAAGUGGAAGUCGUUGCGCAAGUUGAGCAACCUGCACAUGCUGGGCGGGAAGGCGCUUGACGACUCGGUUGGCAUCCGGCAUACGGAGACGGGGCACAUGAUUCGGGCCAUGUGCGAGUCGGGCCAGAGGGGCGAGGCGGUGGUGGUGGCGGAGAUGCUGACGUUCGCGAUGGCGAACAUAAUCGGCCAGGUGAUACUCGGGCGGAGGGUAUUCGUCCAGGCUGGUUCGGAGAGCAACGAGUUCAAGGACAUGGUGGUGGAGCUGAUGACCUCGGCCGGUCUGUUCAACGUUGGCGACUUUAUACCGGCGCUGGCGUGGAUGGACUUGCAAGGGAUCGAGGGCGGGAUGAAACAGAUGCAUAGCAAGUGGGACAGUUUGAUAACGAGGAUGGUGAAGGAGCACGCCGAGACGGCUCACGAGCGUCGAGGGAACCCUGAUUUUCUUGAUGUUCUUAUGGCUAAUAGAGAGACUUCUAAAGGCGGCGCCGGGCUUAGCAUGACAAACAUUAAGGCACUCCUUUUGAAUCUAUUUACUGCCGGUACCGAUACCUCUUCCAGCGUAAUCGAAUGGGCACUGGCUGAAAUGCUGCUGAAUCCACAAAUCCUAAAACGGGCACAACAAGAGAUGGAUCAAGUCAUUGGAAGAAGCAGGAGAUUACAGGAGUCUGACAUUAAAAACCUGCCUUACCUACAAGCCAUAUGCAAAGAAAGCUUCCGAAAGCACCCUUCCACCCCCCUCAACCUCCCCCGAAUCUCGUCAGAAGCAUGCGAGGUGAACGGCUACUACAUACCCAAGAACGCGAGACUGAGCGUGAACAUCUGGGGCAUCGGGAGGGACCCCGACGUCUGGGAGAACCCUCUGGAGUUCAACCCGGAGAGGUUUCUGACCGAGAAAAACGCCAAGAUCGAUCCCCGGGGGAACGAUUUUGAGCUGAUCCCGUUUGGCGCGGGGCGGAGGAUAUGCGCGGGGGCUAGGAUGGGAGUUGUGAUGGUUGAGUACUUUUUGGGCACGUUUGUUCACUCAUUUGACUGGAAAUUGCCUGAUGGGAUGGUCGAGCUAAACAUGGAUGAGUCUUUCGGCCUUGCUUUGCAAAGGGCUGUGCCUCUCGCGGCUAUGGUUACCCCGCGGCUGCAACCAAGUGCUUAUGCUAUUUAGGUUCAACGGCUGAAACUGGUCAGGGGAAACUUGACCGGAUCCGCCCCUCAACCAAAGUGCUCAUGCUAUGCCCAACAGAACUCUAUUUAAUUUAGUAUUGUUGGUAUUUUUGAACUCUGUGUGUUUUAGCUGUGCCUCUUGCAGCUAUCGUUAAGUUGUUCAUGUUUGUAUUCGAACAAUCGUUUUUAAGGUACGUUUAGCUGGACAAUGUAGUGGGGAAAAAGAAUCUGUGAAACACCGAUGUUGAAGCGCGAUAAUGUGGCUAAGAGCGUAAUAAGACACAUGAAUGUUCCCUUCGUUUCGUCAA